AUGGCUUCCGUCGACUUCCCUCCGGCCCCAACCAACACCAUUGACUGGUCCAAUGUGGGAUUCAAAGUUCGCGACGUGAAUGGCCAUGUGGAAUGCCACUUCUCUCGCAGUAACGGCAACGAAUGGACUGCUCCCAAGUUUGUCCGGUCUCCCCAUCUCCCCAUCCAUGGGAUGGCCCCGGGCCUGAACUACGGCCAGCAAGCCUACGAGGGUCUGAAAGCCUUUCGACACGCGAACGGAUCCAUCUCCAUCUUCCGUCCCGACCGCAAUGCCCGCCGCAUGCGCCACUCCGCCGAAUUUGUCUCCAUGCCGGCCGUGCCUGAGGACCUUUUCGUGCGAUGCGUGGCGCUGGCCGUGGCCGCCAAUGCCGAGUUCGUGCCACCGCAUGAAACUGGGGCGGCGAUGUAUAUCCGCCCGUUGCUGUUCGGAUCGUCGGCGCAGCUGGGUCUCAGUCCGCCGGACGAGUACACCUUCGUGGUAUUUGUUAUGCCCACCGGCGUGUACCAUGGGGUCCAUGCGGUAGAUGCCCUCAUCCUCGAAGACUUCGAUCGCGCUGCCCCCGAAGGGACCGGGUCUGCUAAGGUGGGCGGCAACUACGCGCCGGUAUUGCGUCACAGUGGCCGCGCCGCAGCAGAAGGAUUCGGUAUAACCUUGCAUCUGGACAGCCGCACGCGAUCGGAGAUCGAUGAAUUCUCCACAUCCGCCUUUAUCGGGGUACGAAAAGAUCCCAUCUCUGGUUCAGUGACCCUAGUGCAGCCUGACAGCAAGAAUGUGAUCGAUUCCGUGACUGCUGAGUCGGUGUGUGAGAUUGGCCGGCGGGUGUUUGGUUUUGCCGUCGAGAGACGUCGCAUCGCGUAUGAGGAGAUCAAAGACUUCAGUGAAGUAGUCGCGGCCGGGACAGCGGCCGCCUUGGUGCCAAUUCGAAGCAUCACAAUGCGCUCGCGCAAGGAUAAGUUUACCUUCGAUUGCGGCGCGGAUGGUCAGAGCGGGGGCGAUAUCUGCGUGAAACUACUACAAACGCUGAAGGGCGUUCAGGCGGGCAAGGUCGAGGAUCAGUUUGGCUGGAAUUUGACGGUGCAAGAGCUGCCACAGGAUUGGCUGGAAGGAAAAGAGUAG